CGACAAUUACUCAUAUUUCACUAAAUUAGCAUUGCACUUGAUUAAUUUUCCACGCAAUGGAAAGGCUCUUGCGACACUCGUACGAAAAACAACUUUCUCGCGAAUUUUGCGCGCGAUUCCCGGCACUCCAAUUUCGGAUUUUCCAUCGGUUUUCCUGACAUUUGCAUCGCCAGUGUAUCGGAGACGCUCGCGUUUUUCCUCCUCGCUUUCCACCGAUAAUUCAGUUUCCGCUUCAAAAUUGAAUUUCAACGACACGGUGAGUAGAUCAUUCUUUUAUAAUAUUGUACAAUCAAUUCCUGUCGUUUGAGAACAAAUAUAUUUUUUAAUAAAUACUGUAAUUAAUAAAAAUUAUAAUAAGACGAUUUAAUAUGACUUUUUCAUACAUUUUGAGUAGGUGAUUAGUUGCUUUUGUAAUACUCUUAUUUUAUUGAUAUUUUUUUAUAAUUAAAUCGUUUGUGAACAUUGUUAAAAAAUCGCUUCAAAGUUCAAAGGGAAAGCCGACAAAGGGGAUUUUCCUAAUUUUCCCGAGUUGUCUUUACCGCCGGAAACAAUUCGGCAUUAAAAUGUAUGAACUUCGCAAAUGGGUCAACAUAGGUUGGGAAAGACAAUUUUAGCGCCGCCGGUGGGAAAUGGCCGGGAAAUGAGUUUCCUUCGUCGACUUUAGACGUUAAUUUUCUUGUAUUUCGAGUCGAACCACAAUUCGAUACGUUCCCCAUGUUUGCGAUAAGUGAAAUUUAAUACUUCGGCAACGUUGCCGAUUUGACGGCGUCGCAUUUUCAGGGAUAACUCUCGACAUGUUCGCGUCGUUUCUGAUGGUCUUCUUUGUUAAUUUCGAAUGGUGCGCCUCGAUUUCCCUGCGGAAAACCACAAAUUCCCUACCACAAAAAAACAACCACCAAAAUAUUUCUACGUUGUUGGAUAAUUUGUUGAGAGGAUAUGACAACAGCGUUCGACCCGAUUUCGGGGGUCCGCCCACGGUUGUAGAAGUAGACAUAAUGGUGAGGAGCAUGGGGCCCAUAUCAGAAAUGGACAUGGUACUUAUGAAUCAAUUAAUCGAUUUUAUUCGGCACCUGAUCGAUUCGUUUCAGACGUAUUCGAUGGAUUGUUACUUCCGGCAAUCCUGGAAAGACAAGCGGCUUUCGUUUUUCGCCAACAGCAAUUACACUCUGGCUCUGAGCAUAUCCAUGCUGGCGAAAAUCUGGAAACCGGACACUUAUUUUUACAACGGGAAGCAGUCGUAUCUUCACAUGAUUUCCACGCCGAAUAAAUUCGUAAGGCUGCAUCACGACGGACAAGUCUUGUAUUCUUCCAGGUUAACGAUCAAGGCGGGUUGCCCGAUGAAUUUGGAGGACUUUCCCAUGGACGUGCAAAAAUGCCCGUUGAAAUUCGGUUCUUUUGGUUACACGAAACAGGAUUUGAUAUACAGAUGGAACACAGCCAGAAGAGUGGCUAUAGCAGACGACAUGAAACUCUCCCAAUUCGAUCUCAUCGCCACUCCGGCGGGGAAUAACACAAUCAAUAUUUUCAACGGUGAAAAAAAGUCAGUAGAGUAUUCGAUGCUCUUGGUGGAUUUUCAUCUUCAGAGACACAUGGGGAAUUUUCUCAUUCAAGUCUACGGGCCCUGCAUUUUGCUGGUGGUGCUCUCGUGGGUGUCUUUUUGGUUGAAUCGCGAAGCCACCGCCGAUAGAGUUUCUUUAGGUAUAACCACAGUAUUGACUAUGACUUUUCUGGGUUUGGAAGCUCGUACGAAUUUACCCAAAGUACCCUAUCCAACUGCAUUGGAUUUUUUCGUUUUCUUAUCAUUUGCUUUCAUAUUUGCUACGAUAAUUCAGUUUGCCAUAGUCCACUAUUUCACUAAAUACGGAUCCGGGGAGUGUUAUUUCAGCUUCAGUUCAGAUUCGAGCAGCGACGAGGAGGAUUGGGCGCAUUUGCAACCCAAAGCAUCAAAAUCGGUGGCUAAGAGCGUGGAGGAAUGCUCGAAGCCCAACCCGCGCUUCGAGGAGAUCAUCCAACUCCAGGACGUGAUCGCCUCGCCUCCCAGGAAGCCUUCCGUUCGAAGGUCGUCGUGCUAUCCGCAGACGUCGCGCAGGAACAGCGCGGCGUCGCGACGGCCCUCCUGCCAGAGCGAGAAGUCCUUCAAGAGGAAGAAGAGAUCGCCGAGGUUCAAUUCGGUUUCGAAAAUCGACAGGGCCUCCAGGAUUCUGUUCCCGCUCCUGUUCCUGGCCAUCAACGCCUUCUAUUGGUACUCCUAUUUGACCAAAUCGAAUACGAGCGUUUAA